AUAAAAAAAUAAAAAAUAAAAAAAAAAUCAUUGGUCCGUUGGUUGAUAAAAUAAAUAAAUAAAUAAAAAUACAAUUAUGACCACACAACAUAUACUUUUAAGUACACACAACUUGCUUUACCAUGCUCCUAGUAUAAUUAUAACAUGCAUCAAUUAUAGUUGCAACACUUCAACUCCAUUUAUAUAGCACUCUCAAAACCUCUUAUCAUCAUCAAAACCUCAUAGAAUUCUCAAAACACCACAUAAUAAUUAUAAUGUCGUCGUCCGACCUCUCGUCGGCCUCAUCAUCAUCAGCCAACGUUUCUUCAACAUCAUUACCAUCAUUAUCAACAGAUAAUAUUAGCACCAAAAGCAGCAGCAGUACUUGUACUUCCAAAAUUAUUGAUGAAGAAAACCGCCACAUCCUCUCGGUGUCAAAGUCGAAAUCAGAUAGACUCCUAGGCAAGUUCUUUGACGCCUUAGAGUUUGAUUUCGACUACGAUACAAGCAGCCUUUGGUCGCCUCCUAUUCGUCGAAGCGUGUUCAUAACCUCUCCUGGGAUUAUCAUUUGCUCUGAUGAUUAUGAUAUGUUUGUUAAGCUUCAUAACUCUCCAAAGAAGAACAAGAAGAAAAUGAAGAAGACUAUUAAUACACUUAUCUCUUGUAGAAGGUUCUUGUCCUCUUGCUUCAAUGUCUUUUGGUGCUGUUAAGGAAUAUUAUGGUUUGGUCCACCUCAACCUAAGAAAAGAAACCAAUUUCUUUGUAAUCUCUCACUCUUUUUCCUUCUGGGGUUUAAAGUACUUGUUUUUGUAGUGUAAAUUGUUGUACUAUCCCUUUGUAUUUUUGAAUUAAUUACUUUUUUUUGUUUCUUCUUUUUUGCUCUUUUUUAUGGCCAAUGUAUACCAAUUAUUUUUUUUAAAAUAUAAUUAUCUUAAUUCAGAGUGAAAGUGAUACCUCAUUGAUUGUAGCAUGUUUUUUGAGGGUGCUAUCUUUCGAUACUUGAGCAGUGAAAGUUCAUGAACGAUCGAUAACUUGUCAUUUUACAAGUAACGAAUACAUUCUUUACAAAUAUCGAAUAUUGGCAUUCUUUAGAGAUUCGGUGAAUCGUUCAUUCUCAAGGAAAUGUCAACUAGUUUAUUUUGUUAAAAAAUUGAAGGAUGAUAGACUAGUGCCAAAGCUAAAAACUAAAUCUCAUUUACAUUAUUUUAUUUCUAUGACUCUUUCUACACCAAAAACAGAAAAAAAAUAAAUAAAUAAAAUAAAAUAAAAUAAAAAAAUCAUUAAUGAUCAAGUGUAUUUAUUUCAAAGACACCUUC